ACCUAUAGACAAUUAUAGAGCGGUGUCCGGUUAUCAAAUCAUAUGUUUAUUUAUGUAGGUUGCUCUAUGGUCUAUGGUUUGAUUGGGUGUUGAGGAGAUGUUUGUUGCGUGUUGAUUUUGAUUGCAAGUACGGAGGUCGCGGAAUGCUGUUUGUUGUUAUUAAUUUCUAAGUGAUUACCAAUACAAGCUACACAAGAAAGAUGGCGCCAAUGCGUGGAGAACGCGGAGGCUCGCCAGCGCGAGGCGCCCGGCCCGCCCUGCCUCUGCCGCGGCGGCUGAUCCGCCAGAUUGCUCGCCACGUCGCGUCCAGCGGCCGCUCGCUGCGCCGCCUCGAGGUCUCCGGGAGGGUCAUAGACAACUUCGACGACAUCGACGACGCGUCGGACGAGUCGGAUCUCGAAGCGCCACAACCGGCAGUGGCGUGUGGCGGUAACGCCGGCAAUCUGCCCCCAGCCGACCACGAUGACGACCUUACCAGCCUCAGCUGGUUACAAGACAGAAAUCUACUACGAGGUAUAAAUCUAACAAAAAGCGAUAUGGAAGACUCAAAAAUGAUUGCCAGCCAAGUGGUAAUAAAGUCAGAAAUAUCGAAAACCCCCCCGCCCGUCGCUCGCUUGCCCUCCCCCCCUCGGACGCCUUGCAAGGCGCCGCCCUCACCGCCCGCGCCCGCCCACACCAAGCCGCCAUAUUCCUUCUCCUGCCUAAUCUUCAUGGCCAUAGAAGCGGCCCCUGCAAGAGCAUUGCCCGUGAAAGAGAUAUACGCGUGGAUCGUCCGACAUUUCCCAUACUUCAAGAACGCGCCGCAGGGAUGGAAGAACAGUGUGCGGCAUAAUCUCUCGUUGAACAAGUGCUUCCAUAAGGUCGCUGCUGCGCCAGGUCUCGGCAAAGGUUCCCUUUGGACGGUGGAUCCACAGCACCGAGCGACAUUUUUACAGACACUAGGCCGGCAGCCGAUCCCGCCGGCGCCGCCGGACUCGCCGCCGCCGUGCAAGAACGCGCCGGAUCCGCAACUGUUUCCGUUCCUGGCGCGCCGGCUACAGGCUUCCCCGCCGCCCACGCCGCCGCCGCCGCCGGGUGCCGACGAAUAUCGCGCCGCCGCUACGGUGUUGGCGAUGAAAUAUGGGCCUGCUGUGCUCGAUCAGGUUAAAGUAGCUUAUGCCAUAGCGCGGCGGCUGCAGGCUUCCCCGGCACCGCCGAGUGCCGACGAGUAUUCCGCCGCGUAUUCCGCCGCUGCUACGGUGCUAGCGAUGAAGUAUGAACCUGCUGUGCUCGAUCAGCGCGGCGACUGCACGCGCGACGAGUAUCGCGCCGCCGCUACGGUGUUGGCUCUGAAGUAUGAACCUGCUGUGCUCGAUCAGGGUAAAGUAGAUAAUGCUAUAGAGCGCUGCCUACAAGCCUCCCCGCCGCCCACGCCGCAGCCGCCGCCCGGCGCCGACGAAUACCGCGCCGCUGCUACGGUCUUAGCGAUGAAAUAUGGGCCUGCUGUGCUUGAUCAGACCUCCCCGCCGCCCACGCCGCCGCCGCCGCCGCCGCCCGGCGCUGAUGAAUAUCGCGCCGCCGCUACGGUGCUGGCUAUGAAGUAUGGACCUGCUGUGCUCGAUCAGCUGCCGCCAGCGGCGCACCUCGUAAUAUCCCGCUGUGCGCGCGACGAGCAUUCGUACAGCGUCGGCGAAGAGCGCCGCACGGCCGAGGCGCUUCUCAACCUCGCCGGCCUCAAGACAAGUGACGACGCUGAUGAGGUGACGCAGAACAGUUUUAAGCUAACCAGUGAACGCACGCGCAAGCCCCGCCCACAGGAGACAAGUGACGACGCUGAUGAGGUGACGCAGAACAGUUUUAAGCUAACCAGUGAACGCACGCGCAAGCCCCGCCCACAGAAGACAAGUGACGACGCUGAUGAGGUGACGCAGAACAGUUUUAACCUAACCAGUGAACGCACGCGCAAGCCCCGCCCACAGGAGACAAGUGACGACGCUGAUGAGGUGACGCAGAACAGUUUUAAGCUAACCAGUGAACGCACGCGCAAGCCCCGCCCACAGGAGACAAGUGACGACGCUGAUGAGGUGACGCAGAACAGUUUUAAGCUAACCAGUGAACGCACGCGCAAGCCCCGCCCACAGGAGACAAGUGACGACGCUGAUGAGGUGACGCAGAACAGUUUUAAGCUAACCAGUGAACGCACGCGCAAGCCCCGCCCACAGGAGACAAGUGACGACGCUGAUGAGGUGACGCAGAACAGUUUUAAGCUAACCAGUGAACGCACGCGCAAGCCCCGCCCACAGAAGACAAGUGACGACGCUGAUGAGGUGACGCAGAACAGUUUUAACCUAACCAGUGAACGCACGCGCAAGCCCCGCCCACAGAAGACAAGUGACGACGCUGAUGAGGUGACGCAGAACAGUUUUAACCUAACCAGUGAACGCACGCGCAAGCCCCGCCCACAGAAGACAAGUGACGACGCUGAUGAGGUGACGCAGAACAGUUUUAACCUAACCAGUGAACGCACGCGCAAGCCCCGCCCACAGAAGACAAGUGACGACGCUGAUGAGGUGACGCAGAAUAGUUUUAACAUAACCAGUGAACGCAAGCGCAAGCCCCGCCCACAGAAGACAAGUGACGACGCUGAUGAGGUGACGCAGAACAGUUUCAACCUAACCAGUGAACGCACGCGCAAGCCCCGCCCACAGAAGACAAGUGACGACGCUGAUGAGGUGACGCAGAACAGUUUCAACCUAACCAGUAAACGCAAGCGCAAGCCCCGCCCACAGAAAACAAGUGACGACGCUGAUGAGGUGACCCUCGCUAACCAGAGCACUUCUAAGCUAACCAUUGAACGUCCCCGCGCGCGAUGCACUCGCAAGCCCCGCCCACAGAAAACAAGUGACGACGCGAAUAAUCAGGUUACUCUUGCUAAUCAGAACAGUUCUAACCUAACCAGUAAACGCCCCCGUGCGCAACGCACGCGCAAGCCCCGCCCACACGAAACAAGUGACGACGCGAAUAAUGAGGAUGUAAUAAUGCCGUUAUACCGCCAUUAA